UUCGCAUCUAUUUAAUCUAAUCACAAACAAUAAGUCUAAAUCAUCAUAUAAUUAAUAAUAUUAGCUCAAACGAUUUUCAUCACCUUGUGGAGGAGUGUGGGAAUUUGAACUCUCAAACCCGUUGGAAGUAACCAUUUUUCAAAACCCUACUCUUCCUCCCCAAAUGUCGUCAUCCGCGGCGGUGCAUCUCCAAUCUCCGAUCAACACCUCCUCUGACGCGCCGCCGCCGCCGCCGCCGCAUUCUCCGUUCCUCCAUUUCAAUGCCGACUGCGUAAACCCUUCCGCCGCACGCACGAGGUCGAGGCCGAGGCUCGCCAAGCUGAGGAAGCAGUCUGCUUCGCAGCAGGCCCGGUCACGGAGCAGAACCGCCACCGGCGACGACGGCUCCGGCGCCGGCUUCAAUCCGUUUCGCUCCGAUCAUCAGGUAAACGGUAAUGUUAACAGUAGUGGAGUAGAGAGUGGUUCCGAUGGUUUUGUGUUUGGGGCUGGGAAGGGCGAUUCUGAUUCCGCUAGGGAUUUGAAGGGGCCGAGUGAGGGAGAAAUUGGGGAGGGUGGCGGUGGUGUGGAAUUUGUGUUUAGUGCUAAAAAACGGAGUGAUGAAGAUGAAUUGAAAAAGAAAAAUGAAAAUGUUACAGAGGCGGUUUCUGGUGUUGAGAGGAAGGUGGUGUCGAAUUCGGAGGGGGAGCAGGGGGAAUUGAAUGGUAGGGAGUUUGUUUUUGGUGCUUGUAGAAACAAUUUGGAUUCUGGUUUAAAUACAGAAAAGGGGAAAUCUGGUGUACGUGUGGGGGAUUCGGGGUUUGAUAGUGGUGGGGUGAGGGAAUGUGAGACUGAAUUUGAGUGUGGAAAGCGUGAUAGUGUUAGUAAUGUGGAGAAGCUGGAGCCUGUUGGCCGUGUGUGGAAUUCGGAACGUGGAAUGGGUGCUUUUGGUGUUAAGGUGGGAGUGAAUGGUAAUAGUGAUACAGGUGCUGAUCGGUGUGAUCAUUUGGGUGAUGGUGGUAAGUGCGAGAAUCGAUAUGGCAGUCUUAAUGGUAUUGCUGCUGCUUAUAGUGACGUUCCAGUGAUGCGCAAUUUAUCAGAUGAGAUGGAGAAACUGAACAUCAAACAUUCUGAGGGUGCUGAUAUUGCCAGAGAUUCGGUGAAUUCACAUGCAAAUGGUAGUGCUGGUUUUGUGUUUGGAGCAAGUGACAAGGCUUUUGGCUAUUCUAGUGUUAGUUCAAGAACUGAUGCCAGUGGUCAGCAGUCUUGUGCUCAGGCUACUUUUGAGAAUAUUGGUGGGCAAUUUGCUAAAGCGGGUGGAUUAAAAGGUGUUCAAAAUGGAACUGCUGGUGGUGUUGCCUGUGGUUCUGCAGGAAUACGUUGCUCUAAGCCAUCCACUAGUCAGGAAACCAUCAGAGAUUUCCAGUGUGGCAAAAUUCCAGAAUGUAAUGUGUCUGAAGAUUCUAAAGUGAAUGGAGCUGCAGCAUCGUUUUCCUUUUCAUCAUUUGGUUUUGAUUCCCAUCCAAAUAACCAUGCUUCCAUGGGCCAUUCCUCAAGUGCAGAUAAUGAUAAGGAUGGAAAUUGUUUUGCAAGUACUCCAGAGGCUUCCAAAGAGUCUUUUGCGGACUUCAAACCCCCAACAUGGGAUCCUUCUUGUUUCAAAGAAAAUUUAUUUCCUAAGUUAAAUAAAAAAGUUGAAUCCACAGCGAAGGACCGAUCUUGUAAGGAAAAAGGAUCAAAAUGUAUGAGGAGAAAAUUGAAGCCGCAUUCUGUAAAUAAGAAACAGUCAGAGCUGGACCAUUUGUUGAAGGAAAAUGGUUCACAGAAAACCCCUGAUUCUUCUGGUAUCCACUCACCCAUGGAUUUUUCUCCUUAUCAGGAAACAACAGCAAGUGAUCAUGCGAAAGCUUCUGAAAAAUUAAAUGAUCUGCAUUCAACAAUUCCUACUGAUCAAUGCGGUAGUGUAGCAGGUGCUUCAGCAGGUGCUUCUGCAGAUGCUGGGUUUGACUUCACCCCAAACACUGAAAAGCAAAAGGAUGAUGAAUUUCGUUUUGUUCAUGGUGUGAAUGAUUCAAAGGGGAAAGGUUUUGCAUUUUUUGCUUCAUCAGCUGUGGAGGGUACUCCAUUAAAGCGUCAACAGAAGAAGAAAUUUAGGAGAAAAAUGGGGUGCGACUCUUUUGUUAUCUCUCCUCGUGUGAAUGGAAACUUUGUAUCUUCUGUACAAUUUUCUCCCCAUAACACUGCCAACAUGUCAUCACAUUCUGACGUACAAUUCAAGGAAUUGGAUGUUGCAUCAUCGGAUACAAUUCCAGCAGCCUGCGACACAUGGAGACUCAGGGGGAACCAAGCUCAUAAAGAUGGGGAUCUUUCUAAAGCCGAGGACUUCUACUCUCGAGGAAUAAAUUCUGUCCCUUCAAGUGAAAGAUCAGGAUGCUGGGCUAAGCCUCUUUUACUGUGCUAUAGUAACCGUGCAGCAACACGGAUGAGUCUUGGAAGGAUCAGAGAAGCUCUAGAGGAUUGCAUGAUGGCUACAGCUCUGGACCCCUCCUUUAUGAAAGUACAGAUGAGAACUGCUAACUGUCACCUUUUGCUAGGGGAAGUAGAAAAUGCUCAGCAGUGUUUUAAUAAGUGCAUGGAAUCAGGUAAUGCUGUUUGUUUGGAUCGGAGGGUUAUAGUUGAAGCAGCUGAAGGUUUACAGAAGGCUCAGGAAGUGGUCAAGUGUAUAAAUAAUGCUGCUGAACUUUUAAAAGAGAGGACUUCUGAUGCAGCUGUUACUGCUUUAGAACUAGCUUCUAAGGCAUUGUCAAUAAGUUUAUACUCAGAAAAAUUGCUUCAAAUGAAGGCAGAGGCUCUAUGUUUGCUACAAAAGUAUGAUGCCACAAUUCAGCUUUGUGAACAGAGUCAGCAUCUUGCAGAAAAGAAUUUUGUCUUGACAAACAAUGCAGAGAAUUCUGAUAGUUCCUUAUGUGAUAGUUACUCAAGUGUAAAAUUGUGGAGGUGGUCAUUGAAAUCCAAGUGUUACUUUCGUUUGGGAAGGCUUGAAGCAUCACUUAAUGUUCUCGAGAAAUUACAGCAAGUUGUGUCUGUCAAUGACAAGUGUGUGAUUGAUAACAUUGAAGACUUGCUGACAUUAGCUUCUACAAUACGAGAACUUCUGAACCACAAGAGGGCUGGAAAUGAAAACUUUAAAUCUGGAAAGUAUAUGGAAGCUGUUGAGAAUUACACUGCUGCUUUAUCUUGCAAUGUUAAAUCACGUCCUUUUAUGGCAAUUUGUUUCUGCAACCGUGCUGCAGCUCAUCAAUCUUUAGGCCAAAUUGCCGAUGCCAUUGCGGACUGCAGUGUGGCUAUUGCCCUUGAUGGAAAUUAUGCAAAGGCAAUUUCAAGAAGAGCCACCUUGCAUGAGAUGGUUAGAGAUUAUGAACAAGCAGCUUGUGACCUCAAGAGACUUAUAGCUGUCCUUGAAACUCAAUCCAAUGAAAGAGCCAAACAAUCUGACUCACCCAGUGGAUCUAAUGGUGUGAAAGAAUUAAGGCAAGCUCAUCAACGUCUGCUUUCAGUGGAAGAUCAAGCCAAAAAGGGAACACCCUUGGAUGUUUACCUCAUUUUAGGAAUCAAAUCAGCUGAUACAGCAACAGAUAUCAAGAAGGCAUACCACAAGGCAGCUCUCAGACAUCAUCCAGACAAGGCUGGUCAGUUGUUGGCUAGAAGUGAAGUUGGAGAUGAAGGCCAACUUUGGAAGGAAAUUUCACAGGAGGUGUACAAGGAUGCUGAUAAGCUUUUCAAAAUGAUCGGAGAAGCAUAUGCUGUGCUUUCAGACCCAGCCAAGCGCUCGGAGUAUGAUUUGGAAGAGGAGAUAAGGAAAGCUUCUAAGUUAUGUAACAGAGGUGGCACAAGCAGGAGAUCUUCAGAUGCUUAUGGGUGUGGAAGAUCUUCAGAUGCGUAUGGGUGUGGAAGACCGUUUGAUGAUUACAGAUCUACCUCUGACAGAACUUCUAACAGACGAAAUGGACGGGAUCAUUGGAAGACCCAUGGACAUUCGUAUUCUCGAUGGUAAGAGGAUGGAUACUCAUGUCAUGGGCAUCGAGAAUUGAGAUUCUUUUGCCUGGUGAAGGUGAUCUUCUUUCUCAUUCAUGAUGGUAUGAAAAAGAGGCUUAAAUCUGCUUUUGCAGGCCAUGAUUGAUUUAUUUUUUGGGUCUGACCCGGGCCAUUACUCAAAUAAGAUUGUAAGUAGAUUUUGCAAGCAUGCCAUAGCGAUAUAUGCAAAGAUGUAUUUAUUCUCUAUGUAUGUGCUUCACCAACUUAAAAGGUAACAAGGCAUUGAUGCUAUACUAAUCCUUCCCUUAAUCCCAUACUUGCUGCUGGACGAGUUUUUCGAAGGGAAAGGGAUUGUUCAUACAGAAAAUCAGGCAGGAAAAACACUGACAAGGGAGCCAAUGCAGCUGUUGUUGGGUUUGCAUACUUUCUCGAAUGUAACUGGUGCUGUUGUAGUUAUCACGUAUCAGUAUUUUUUUUAUCUGGAUUGAUCGAGAAACUAGAUAGAAAGUGUGCUUCUGCCUAUAUAGAAAAUAUAUAUUUUUUGAAUUGAUCCAAAUUACAUAUCCCUUGUCAAAGUUGAAAAUUGCCUCUAAUUCUUUCUCUUGGAUUCCGAAUGAGUGAACGAACAGCUUAUAGAAUUGUAUGAAAUAUUGAUUGAUUCUUUACUUUAUUAGGGUAUGUAUCUCUGGCUG